UCUGGUUUUGAGUGGCUCGAGCGGCUGCAGUGUGUCUGACUUACCUCCCGGCGCGCGCGGCAGGAACAAGCAGCGGGAACACCUGUCUCGUGACGAGCGCUCAUGUUCUCCUGUGUGGCGUGAAACUGGAGCACGCAGCCCGGAACCCGCCGCCCCUCCGCUGGGCUGGACCGGAGCAGCCAGCCCUCUGGACCGAUGUCCUGGCCGAAAUGUCCCGGCACAUCUACAUACGGAACAAGAUUGGCGAGGGCAUCCAAGCGCCCAUCUUUCAGGUGAACCGAGGGACUUAUUCCAGGAGGAGUCGCCUCAAGAGGUCUGACGGCAGCACCACCUCCACCAGCUUCAUCCUCAGACAGGGAUCAGCUGAUUCAUACACUAGCAGACCAUCAGACUCAGAUGUCUCUCUCGAGGAGGAGCGGGAGGUGCAGGCUCAGGUCCAGAGCCAGAGCCCAAGCCAGAGCCAAGGACCGGGACAGAGCCGACAGGAGAGGGAACAGCAGGCUGCCGUUCAACUGGAAAGAGCCAAGAGUAAACCUGUGGCAUUUGCUGUAAGGACCAAUGUCAGCUAUUGUGGCGCACUGGAUGAAGAUGUUCCAGUGCCAGCCACAGCCAUCUCCUUUGACGCCAAGGACUUUCUGCACAUAAAAGAGAAGUUCAACAAUGACUGGUGGAUCGGUCGGUUAGUGAAAGAGGGUUGCGAGAUCGGCUUCAUUCCCAGCCCUCUGAAGCUGGAAAACAUUCGACUCCAGCAGGAGCAAAAGAGAGGACGAGUCCAAGGUAAGUCUGGAGGGAACUCUUCUUCCAGUGUGGAGGAUGAGGUUUCUGCCUCUAUCCGACCACUCAUAUCCUCAGCAGGAAAGCAGAAACAGAAAGUGACGGAGCACAUCCCCCCAUAUGAUGUGGUUCCCUCCAUGAGGCCUGUAGUUCUGGUGGGACCCUCACUAAAGGGCUACGAGCAGCAGCAAAGUGCCAUCUGUCUUGUUGUCCUGGAUUUGCCUGAUGGAUGGUGGCUUAUUCAUACUGAGGAUCACAAGGGAGAGCCGGAGCCUCUCUCAGCAUGCAUGGGGCAGGAAACGGGAAACGCACCGUGGACAGAUCAUCCACAGAUUGUAACAGACAUGAUGCAGAAAGCACUAUUUGACUUCCUCAAGCACAGAUUUGAUGGCAGGAUAACUAUCACACGAGUCACGGCAGAUAUAUCGCUGGCCAAAAGGUCUGUUCUUAACAACCCCAGUAAGAGGGCCAUCAUAGAAAGAUCCAACACUCGCUCCAGUUUAGCUGAGGUGCAAAGUGAGAUUGAAAGGAUCUUCGAGUUGGCCCGCUCCCUGCAGCUGGUGGUUCUGGAUGCCGACACCAUCAACCACCCUGCCCAGCUUCUCAAGACCUCCCUGGCCCCCAUCAUCGUCCAUGUUAAAGUCUCCUCGCCAAAGGUUCUGCAGAGGCUAGUCAAGUCCAGAGGGAAGUCCCAGAGCAAACACCUGAACGUCCAGCUCGUGGCAGCAGACAAACUAGCCCAGUGUCCACCGGAAAUGUUUGACAUCAUCCUGGAUGAAAACCAGCUGGAGGACGCCUGUGAGCAUCUCGCCGAGUACCUCGAGGCAUACUGGAAAGCGACCCACACCUCGAUGGCGACGCCCCUGAACCCCCUGCUGGGACGCAACCUGGGCCCCACCACACUCACGCCCUACCCCACCAGCAUCUCUGGACUGCAGCAGAGCCAAAGAAUGCGACAGAGCAACCACACAGGAGACCACUCGACCCCAAAUGAACGUCGCAACCUGAUGACAUCAGAUGAAAACUACCACAAUGAGCGGGCACAUAAGGGACGCAACCGCAUGUCCUCUGGCUCCCAGCAUAGCCGAGAGCAGCAGGACGCCUACCAGGACUACCAGGAUCCCUAUCAGGAUGCAUACAAGCCACAUCGCAAUCGCAGUUCACCGGGCAGCUAUAGCCAUGACUCCCGGCACCGGCUCUGAAAACACUCCUCUCGCCACAGUGGCCCACACGGCCCAGAAUUCCACCCAAAAUAAACGCUGCAAUAGAGCCAAGAUGGUCCCAAAUUGUACCUUUUUUUCCCCCCCUUUUUUUGAUCUACUUGGCUAUUUUUCCUCUUUCAAAGUAAAAAAGAAUCACAUUCAGGUAUUUUCUUUUUAAUCGAGUUGUCAGGGCAAACCCCCAUCAGUCAACAGUGUGAGUAGUGAGGAGGUUCAGGCCAACAUUAACAAAACUUGUAAAAUCUCUUUGAGUUUCUGGGACCUUUUUUGGAUUUUACUAACAUAAUGCUCAGCAGAUGUGCAGCACAGUGCUUGUUGCCGGUGUCAACAGUCUAAUUAUGGAUAGUAGUCAGAUGGUGAUGAUGUACUGUAUGGGCUUCUGAGUGCCUGAAGCGUCACACCAGGUCAGAUGGAAGCCCUCUGCACACAAACUGCUGAAAGGCUGCUGCCCCCUAUCCUGGGCCAUGUAUAAAUCCUCUCUCCAUUUAGCUUAUUGCAUGCUUGUAGUUGAUCAACCUCCGCAUCCACUUCACUGAUGUUUUACCCAGCAUUCUGGACUCUCCCAUGAUGAGGUGUAGAUAUGGAGGUCCAAUUUUCACCUCGUUGUGGAUAGGCGCUCGUGGUGGGUUCGUGGGUUGGUUAUGCAGAUGAUAUCUGGCUGCUAGUUUUGAAAACUGGUGCUUCACAUUCCCAAACUAUUUUGCUAUUUGAAAGUCACUUUGAGCAAGGCCAGCUUUUGUGUAGCAUAGCUUCAGGAUUUUAUUUGGGUGAAGACCCUGACCGUCAUAAGCAGAACAGACUCUGAUGGUGCUGGGAUCAGACCUCUGUUACACUGUAGAGGAAGGCAAUACUGCUGCUGUUCUAAACAGCUAGCACUUAGAGAGUUAGACAAGGCAAUAGCCGAGACUGUGUGAUAUUGUAGUGGAUUACAAUAGCAAAAUUCUACUUGAGAUGCAGUUGAUACUGUUGAAAUAUGGACUGGCAUUAAAACCAAUGCAGGAGGAGCCUCUUUAGCUGGCUGGGAUGUUCUGUCUUGAAGUUUUCGCCCCUGCCAGCGACCUCUUUUUCUUCUGUUUGUUUGCUUGUUUGACGUGAAGCUCCAUCUGCUGCUGAAGCUACAGGUUAUUUUGCAUUUGUUAGCAGUAAAAUCACAGUUACGUAGAGGUAAAACACGCAUACAGAUGUCGGUUAGCAUUAAGUCAAGUCACUGGUUAAUCUCUGUCAAAGUUCCUUUUGUUGGCUUUAAGGGGUUGAAAUGACAUAAAUGUUACACGACAGGAUUGGUUGCACCAUGUUCGUUCCCUGUGUAGCUGGCAUGUUUCCCUGACUGCAGAGCAUGUUCCCUCCAAAGGUAAAAAAAAAAAAAAAAGCCCACUGUAAUCAAGUUGGUGUUUGUACAAGUAUGAGGCACGUUUCUCCAAAAAUAGAAAAAAAAAAAAGAAAAGAAAAUGUCCCAAAACUGCAGACAAAUGAUAUCUCUGGAUCCUUGAGGUUAAUCGCUCAUUCAGUACACUGAAAUGACGCAAGCAAAUAUUUUGAUCAUUUAGAAAAUGUUAAAGUGGACUGCAUGGUAUAAAAGUGAAGCCAUCUCACUGAUAAGUUUCUGUUAGACCAGAAAUAUGUUAUAUAUUAGAAAGUGCACUGAAACAACCGACACAGGCUGAGCCCUCACAAAAAAAGGGCAGUUUGCCCACAUGGUGCUUUGUAUGGAGCAUGAGAGCUGCUGUGUUUGCUAAUGAUGAUCUUAAGUUUUGUUAUCAGAAUUUGCUGUACAUAUCCCAUUCUUUUAAGAGAUAGUAUUAUCUUGUGAUUCUGACUUAAUCAUCUUACUAUUUCCAGAUAAUAAAUGGUACCAUUGGACCAACUUUAAGGUUUUCUAUUAAAACAAAGUACUUUAAAAGGUAUAUUAGGUAACAUUCAAGUGUCCUAUUAUAGUUUAUGCAAAUAAGAGAAAAUCAUGAGGAUAAAGUAAGGAAUCACGUUGCGUGUUAUCAGAAGAUAAUAAGAUGAGCAAGUUGUCAUGUUGACAAGAAAAACUGCUGGAACAUUCUUUAUUAUCUUGGCAAUUUGUGCUCUUUCGAUAAAAACUAUUGUAAUUUUGACAGUUUUUUGGCUUCCAUAUUUCUCCAGGACCAAAAACACAAAGAACAAUCCAAAUGCCUGUUUUUGCAGUGUACCUCACAACUUCCUGUAUGUGAUAUGAUACAUACAGGAAGUGAGUGACACGGCUACAUCACAAGGAUUCAAAUGUUUUCUUUUAUUGUAUGGAGGACCAAACGUGCUAUAUAAUUAAAUACUAAAUUUAAACCAUGUUUACUGAGAAAUGAAUUAAAGCAUUAAAUAUAAAGUAUUUAUUCCCCCAAGAAAAUCAAUCAAUCAAACUGAAAAACUGAGUAAUAACAAUCUAGUGUAAUAACACAGUGCAGUUACUUUUAACUAGUUUGCUUUAAAAAUCUAUUUAUUUUUUUAAUAAGCUUAGUUUGGUCCCAAUCAUGGCAAAAUCUGAGCUCGGCACACCUGGAGAAAUGUGAUUUUUAGGAAAAUUACCAUAUGCACAGUAAGAAUUAGAAUGUGUGUCAAAAGAGUUUUCUUUGGCAUGUUAAACAAAUACAUCUAUUCUAAAUGUUAUUUCCCUUAUGACAAAAACGAUGUACAGUACUGACUGCUGCAGCACCAAAUUAGAUUGGUGCCUUAUAAAUAGCAAAUUACUAUUAUUGUUUUGUCCGAGAUCUAUACAGAGUGUUCUCAUAAACGUUUAAUAGGAAGUGGGAGCUGUUUUUAGGCAGAUUUUUAUUGUAAGUUACUAUUACUUUUUUUUUUUUUUUUAGUUAAACAUGUUCAGUUACGAAUAAGUACAAUUUGUUCACAAGACUUUGCAAAUUUGAUUCUGGUAUGGUGUUCUUAUAAAUUACAUCAGAUGGUGAUGUAGCUACAGCACAACUAAGGAUAAGCAUGCUGCAGCCACUAGGUGGCAGCAUGAGCAGGCCUAAUAAAGUCUGUGUUGAAGCUGUAAAAGAAAAUUGGCACUGAAAAUCUUUGGUUGCUUGUGAGGUGCAGAGUUGUCCAACAUAGGACGUUAGCUUUACUAAAUCUUGAUGAUAUGCACUUCAGCCGGUCAGGAGGAACUUCUUCAAACUGUAGCAUCUUUAUUCUUUAUUUGAAUAUUCAAAAUCUAGACAUGAACCACGACCCAUACAAGAGAUAUUUAGCAGUCCCCAACAGUUCUACAGCCUGACACAGUUUUGAGGUGUUGGGAGGCCUGAUUAGAUCAUUUGGGGGGGUUUUUUUAGAAAAGGAGGCUGACGUGACAUAAUUUGACUUUCCCUGAUUUUAAGCAGCUCUUAUAAAUGGAUUUAAAUGUAAAAGAAGGUGCAGUGGAUCACUUUGCAUAGAUCUGGAUAAAAGUGCUGAAAAGAAUAAUUUAUUAAACAAAUUGAAUAGCACAAAUGAGUAAGCAAAAACUACAGUGGUUAUUGAGCAGCUGUUCCUACAAUGUGAAUCUGGGAUAAAGGCACAGAUUAUUUGUUUGCCUUUGUUUCCUGGUUAUUUCUCUGUUAUCCAAAUGGGAAAAGAGUGCAUAAAACUACUGUUUACAAGCAGCUUAUCUGUCUCAUUCUGCCCCAUAGCAUAAAAUCCAUUGGUUGAUUGAACAGCGAGCCAUCUACCAUUCAAAAUGAAACCAACCAAUGCUGAGCUGGGCUGCUUGAGACAAUCAGAAGGGAUUUCCUGACCAGUGUCCCACCAUCGCUCUCUUUAUGAAGAGAAAUGUAAGAAUGAAAUAAUGCCACACUCACUCACAGACCUCCAAACCUGCUUUUCUUUGUUCCUUCUGACUUUGUGUCAGCAAAAGUUUCUCUGCAAACAAAGUUCAUCUCUGAUUGAUUUUUCUCUCUGACUAAAUCUCCAGGUGACCACAAAACACAGAAUGUGUAGAGAAGAUUUUCUUUGGUAUAAUGUAAAACACAAAAAAGAGCGAGAAAGUAAAAGAAUAAACAUUUAUUCCAGUAGAAAAACAAUACAUGAAUAUUUGCUGUCAAUUAUUUUUAUAAAUGAUAAAUGUACAUAAUGUCUUUGAGAUGCGAUUUGCUGUAUACAUGUGCUGAAAUAAGACGACGUCAACCCGUGUGGGACAACAGCAAGGUCCAGUAUACAAAGUUUCAGUAAUGUGCAAUACAAGACGGCAUGCUGUUUUAAAAUGAGGAACUUCAUGUACUGUACUAUGCAACCGCAAACUGUGUACAUCGCUUCAUGCUGUGGCUUCUCCAAACACCCUUUUCCAAGCAGCUUCAUCUGGACUUUUAACGGAUUUUUGUGUUUCUCUGUUUUUUUCUGUGGAAGAAGAAAAUCUAAGCGGCUAAUGCGGUAUUGCAUGCAUAAUAAACCACUCUAAUUUAUAAAAAGGAAUUCAAGAAAAAUACAUGGAACUGGAGGUGACUGUGUUUCAGCCAGAGCUUCAAGUGACUUAAAAAUAUUUCUUUUUCAGAAUAAAAGAGUCGUUCUAAAGUCGUGUGUUUUAAAUUCUUUAAGCAAUGUUUCGCACAAAAGAUAAAAAAAACCCCCAAAACAUUAUUUGUCAUCCUGCUGGUAGUAGCAAUCAGAAAAUGAGUACACUGUAGUCCUGAAGGGAUGGACAUGGUCAGCAACAGUACUCAGGUAGGUUGCAGCAUUUAAAUGAAGCUCAGUUGGUACCAAGGGGCCCAAAGUGUACCAGGAAAACCAUUCACAACAUUAUACCAACACCAGUAUGACACAUUUUAGUCCAUAUUCGCAGUUGAUCCACACUUUCAUGUCGUUUACACCAAAUUCUGACCCUACCAUCUGAAUAUCACUGCAAACAUCAGGACCAGUCAAGGUUUUUCCACUUUACUGUUUUUGUGUGUGAAUAGGUGAACGAGCCGUGUUAUAAAUUGCUACGAGUGCUCAAAUACAGUAGAAAAGAACCAUUUACCUGAGCUGGACUGACUAGGUAAUCUCUCAUGAAAAAAGAACUGAAAAACUGCAGAUGAAUUAAACUACAUGCUAAAAGGUAAUAGCACUUAAAAAAAAAAUAACCUUACAGGUAUU